AGUGAAUAUUGGUGCAACAAAUUUUUAGUGGAUAUGUUCACAUUUGCUUAGAGUUUUUAUUUGGACAAAAACAGAUGAGCAGCAGCGUCUUCUCAUCUUCUCUUUUCCGUGCUUCCGGGUUAGUUUCAAAGGGUACCUAACUAGCUAUAGGUAACAACUAUCUUGUGAUAUUCAAUUUGGAGACCACAAAAACAUACAUCAGGUGUAUUAAAAUAUAGAAUAACAUGGCAGCAGAAAAAUCAAAAAAGGUCUCCAUGCUUGAUUUUGUUCAGUUUCUUUCAUCAGAUUCUGAUGACAUUGACGAAGUAGAAAAUGAGAUAAAGAUAUGGAAAAGCGUGGAUCGUAUGACUUCACAUACCAGUGAAUUACCCUUGCAGAAGGAUUCAAGGAAACAAACUAAAAAGAAGACAAAGAAAAGUGAAAUAAUCACUACGAUUUCCAUGCUUCACACACAUAUAGUUGCUUUGGAAAAAGAGAAAAGAUCGCAACUUUAUAAUAGAAAUGUGAAAGAGAAUAAUGUGAAUAAGGAAUUGCAGAGUACGGAAAAUCAGUUAGAUGUAGACAGAAAGAAAGAAAAAAAUCAAAUCUGUGAUACCCUUGAAAAGAUCAAAAUAAAAAUUGACAAGUUCGAAAGAGAAAAAAAAGAACUCCAAAAACAUGCAAACUAUCUUGAGAAAUUAAAAUUAUCAAUGGAAGAUAUUGAAUCUUGCAUUAUGCAGUUUAAAGAAAAGCAGAAGCUUGUUUACGAAGAUUUAAUGUCUGAUGAAAAGGUUCUUGAUACUGAAAUUGCUGCAUAUGACAACAAAUUCCAACACUGGACACGAAGUCAACCAAGUGUAACGCAUAAAAGAACAGAAUUUGAACUUAAUAACAAAAAUGUGGCUUUCCCACCAGAAGUCGAAGAGUUUGAGAAGUUCAUUAAACUGACAGGUGGUCAUCAAGGUGGUUGGGAUGAUAUUGAUCAUCAAAUGUUUUUAAAAUUACGAAAACAAUGCAAGAAUAAUAGCCAGUUGUUAUCGAGGGCUGCUCUUGACAUACCCACUCAAGAUGAAGAAGAUAUUCUACAACACAUUCAGUGGUAUGAGGAAUACUGCAGUCUACGAGAAAACAAAAGAGAAGCAAUAGUCAAGUGGAAAAGUCUGAAAGAGAAUGAAAAAAAGGAUUUGUUAUCGAAGACUGAAAAAGAAGAUGAAGAAGACAUAAAAAGAAAGAAAAAAGAAGAAAUCAUCUUAAAAGAGAGGGAAGAAAGAUUUAAAAAACUUCAAGAAUGGAAGGUUCAGAAGCAGUUGGAGAAGCUGCAACAAAAUAGUGAGAUGGAAGAAGAGAGAAAAGAAGAAGAAAGAAUUAAAAUGUUAAUUGAAGAAAGAAAAAGGUUUGAGGUCAAGCUUCAAGUGGAAGAGUACAGACUGCAGAAGAAAGAAGAAGAAAAGAUUUUAAAACUUGCCCAUGAAGAAAAGUUAAGGAAAGAAAAAUUUCUGAUUUCAGGAGAAGAAAGGGAACGCAUAAAAGAAAGGAAUGAAAAAAUUUUGUUAAAUAAACGUCAGAAACAUCUUUUAAAAGAAUACGAAAAAGAAGAAAAAGAGAGGAGAUUAGAAAAACUCAAAAAGACGGUGGCUGUCAAUGUUGAGCGCGACCCGUGUCGUUUAUACAAACAAACCAAAGGCUGGAAGCACCGAAUGAAGAGUGAUAAAGGCCAAGUUGUGUCUGCUUCUGGAGUAAGGCUUAUGCAACACAGGGCUAUCCCAAGUUGGAGACAGGAAAUGUUUUGACGAAUCUGGACCUAAUUUAAAAUGUAGCUAGAUGGUCCAAAAUUGUUAUUUGAGUUUACCACCGAAAUAAACGAAAUAUAUAUAUUUUUUAAAAAAUAAUAUAUUUUUUGACAACGAAUAUAAUAUAUAGAUGUUAUUAUUUAUUUUUACUGUGUAAAUUUUUUUUCAUUAACUAUUUUUUUUAAUCAUAUGUGAAUUUUUUUAUCUCUCAGUUAUAAAUAAAUGUUCUAAAGUACAUUUAUUCAAAGAAUUUGUAUUGUCCAUAUGUAUUGUUUGAACAUCACUGUUCGUUCA